CCCGGCGUGCCCGGGCCGGGCGUGGCGGCGGGCAAGGCGACCGCCCCCAUCGACUACUCGCGCUACGUGAAGCGCUUCAGCUCGGCCCUGGAGUGCGGCCGCGCCUUCUGCAAGGACCUCAACUACAGGGAGCACUUCCACUGCAUCGAGUGCAACUCGCGCGUGUUCGUGAAGAAGGAGGAGAUGAUCCGGCACUUCAAGUGGCACAAGAAGCGCGCCGAAUCCCUGGCGCACGGCUUCAUGCGCUACUCGCCCAACGACGACUGCUCGGACCGGUACCGCGACUGCUCGCACAACCGCAAGCAGACGCACUACCACUGCAUCAAGGAGAACUGCGACAAGGUGUACAUCAGCACGUCGGACGUGCAGAUGCACGCCAACUACCACCGCAAGGACUCGGCCAUCAUCCAGGAGGGCUUCCAGCGCUACCGCGCCACGGAGGAGUGCCGCACCGAGUACUGCGUGUUCUUCGGACAGCGCACCACGCACUUCCACUGCCGCCGCGAGGGUUGCAAGUACACCUUCAAGAACAAGGCGGAUAUGGAGAAACACAAGACGUACCACAUCAAGGACGAGCAGCUGACGCGCGACGGCUUCAAGAAGUUCAUGAAGCAGGACCCCUGCCCGUUCGAGGGCUGCCGCUUCUCCGGGAACUGCAAUCACAUCCACUGCAUCCGGUCGGGGUGCUCGUACGUGCUGCACUCUAGCGGCCAGCUCUUCUCGCACAAGCGGAAGCACGAGCGCAAGGACUCGGAGCUGGCAUACCGCAAGUACAAGCUGGCGCAGUCCAUGAUGAAGUCGCUGGUGGACGGGCAGGCCUUCGCGGACCAGUUCAGCGCCGUGGAGGACGUCGGCGCGCUGCAGUCGCUCAUGGCGGGGCUGGGCGGCCAGCCCGCCGCGCCGCAGCCGCCGCCGACGCACGGCGCGGACCCCGCGGACGGCGGUCGCCGGUCGCUGUCGCCGGGGCAGAGCCAGGGUGGCCCGAAUCACGCGGCGCCGCCGCCACACCCGCUGCUGGCCCUGCAGCAGCACAUGCCCUUCCGGCUGGGGCUGGACAUGCUGCCCCCACCGUACAUGCUGGAGGGCGCCUCCUCCACGCCAGGCGACGCCCCCACCGACCUAACGCGGUCGUCGCCCACCCUGGCCGGCGACAUCCAGGCCUCGUGGCACACGCCGCAGGCCGCACCGUCCGCACCACAGCCGCCGUCGCAGUCGCCACAGCAGGCGCAGGCGCAGAGCCUCCCGGACGAGGCGCUGUGGCAGCGCGUGUCGUGGCGGUUCUCGCCCUGCACGGCGGAGCGCUGCGGCCAGGCGCAGGGCCUGGUGGAGGUGGUGCCCGGCGUCCCCGGCAGGGGCGAGCACUGGCACUGCAGGGCCGAGGGCUGCGCCAUGGUGCUGCGCGCCAGGGAGGGCGUUCUGGAGCACGCCCGCAACCACGACGCGCAGGACCAGAUCAGCGAGGCGCACUACGUGACGGUCGGCGGUAACACCAGAGCCUCGCCCUCGGCCGGCGACGGCAAGUGCCACUGCGACCAGGACUGCCCGUACCAGGACAAGGAGAAGCACUACCACUGCACCUGGGACAACUGCCGAGAGAUCAUCUUGCCGUCGGACAAACCCUUCCGCCGGCUGGACCACUACAAGAUGCACGAGUACUCACGGAAGCUGUCGCAGAGCCGCGACCCGCUCACCACCAUGCACCUCGCCUCCUCCAUCGACGCCAUGUUCCGCCGAAAGCGCGGACGCCCGCCCAAGAACAGGGUCAUCGAGGUGUGGAACGAUUACAUGUCUGGCGCGCCGGGCUCCAGCAUGCCGGACACCCCGCAGGCCAUCUUCACCAGCUUCAAGCUCCCCAAGCCCUCGGCCAAUGCCCCGGCCGCCCCGCCGCCCCGGCCGUCCCCGCUGCAGCUUCAGCUGCAACAACAGCAGCCGGCCCCUCCCCCGCAGGGCCAGCAGGGCUUGUUCGGGACGGCGGGCUCCCCUCCGGCUCUGAACCCCGCGGCCGCCACCGCGGACGACGACGCCGGCCAGCGCGCCUCCUCGCCGAACACGCUGGAGCUGCUGCAGGAGGGCUUCAUGCUGUUCGAGCAGGGCGAGGGCUCGCGGUGCGGCGACGCGCUGUGCUCGCUGUCCGGCCGGCGCCACUUCCACUGCAAGCAGCCGCGCUGCUUCUACGCCACGGACCGCGAGGACGUGCUGCUCAUGCACGCGCGCGACUUCCACGACAACAUCGACAUCCUGCCGGGCUUCGUGUUCUUCGACCGCAGCAUCGACUGUCGCCUGCCGGGCUGCCCGAGCAAUCGCGCCAACCGGCACUUCCACUGCUCGCGGCCGGCGUGCGGCUACUCCUUCGUGCGCUACUCCAACAUGGCCCAGCACGAGGCCAAGCACCGCGGCGAGGCCAACAACAACAACCAGGACAGCGACAAGCCCGUCGCGGACGUGCUCGUCCUGGGCAUGAGCGCGGCCAUGGGCACGCCGCACAGAGAGAUGUCGCCAGUCGGCAGCGGCGCCGGCACCAUGUCCCCGCUGGCGGGCACCGGGGGCAGCACGGGCAGCAGCCACCCCGGCACGCCGUCGCCGGCCCCAGGCACGCCGCGGUCGCGGCCGCCCAGCACGCCGCAGCACCUCGCGGACCAGAGCCGCACCACAGUGGUGAGGGCAUCCGGCACUUUCUACCCCCUGUCCGCGCUCUCGUGCGGCAGUGGCGGCGCUAUCGGUGGUGGUUCUGGGUCCAGGCCUCUGGCGCCUCUGGCCCCGGGGACCCCCAGCGGGGCCUCUAGUGCCCCCGCGGGGGGCGCGACGGGUGCGACGCUCCCCAAGUCCUCCCCCUCCCUACCCCUCUCCCCCACCACCCCGUUCCCCUCUGUCCCUCCCUUCUCCCCCGUCCCCGGUGCCGCCCUGCCGACCACGCCGGCCAUGCCGGAGCGAAGGCACCACUUCGUUGCAGACAUCGUCAAGACUGAACCGGACGCCAACGCGGCGGCCAACGCCAUGGCGGGCAGCCACUCGCUGGCGCGGCUGCUGCAGCACCACGCCGAGGCGGGCGCGGGCCACGCCGGCAACGCCGGCAACGCCAUGCUGCCCUCGCCCACGGCGUCCUCGGCCUCCACGGCCUCCACGCCCGCGGCCACAGCCUCGCAGGCGGCGCACCCCGCCACGCUGCCCGAGUGGAUGUCCCCGGACAGGCACGUGCGCUACGGCCCGGAGCAGAGCUGCUCGCGGCCCUUCUGCAAGCUCAAGCGCAAGGAGCACUACCACUGCAACGCGUGCAACCAGGCCUUCUCGGAGCUGGAGCGGCUGCGGCCGCACAUCGCCAAGCACUCGACGGGCGCGCUGUCGCCGGGCACGCCGCUCAAGCGUGAGGGCGCCGCCACCCCCGAGGACGGCAACGAGGACGCCGGCGACCAGCCCAGCGGCACCGCCAUGUCGGGACUGCCCGCCGACCACCCUGCCGCCAUGGCCAUGGGCGGCAUGACGUCCCAGGCCGCCGCGCAGGCUGCGGCCAUGGGGGGCGUGGCGCUGGGGCUGCCGCCGCACGCCGGCAUGCACGGCCAGGUGCCGUCCUUCGCGCCGCACCCCUUCAACGCGGCCAUGGCGGCGGCAGUCGCCAACCAGCAGCUGGCGCUCAUGACCUCCCAGGGGCUGCCGUACCUGCAGCACGGCAUGCCCGCCAUCUACUCCUCGCCGUCGGGGCUCAUGUUCGCCUGCACGCCCUCCGGCUUCGGCGCGCCCCACCCGCUCUCCGCCAACGGGCUGCUCGACCACCGGCUGGACGGCGUCCCUGGCGUCGGCGGCGUCCCCGGACUCCACCAGCACCUCGCCCUCAAGCGGGCCAUGUCGCCCCAUAUCCUGGCCGGCCACCAGGACAUGAGCCCCGAGGCUAAGAAGGCUCGCAUCCAGAACAGCAUGCGCAUCCUCAAGGACGAACCGGUGCCCGAAGGCUACAUACGGUUCAGGUUCAACGAGGACUGCAAGUACCCGCACUGCGGCUACCGGGAGCACCAGACGCACUUCCACUGCAUGCGCCAGGACUGCGGCUACUCGUUCUGCGACAAGACGCGCUUCGUGCAGCACACUGCGCGCCACGAGCGCCUGGACACGCUCAUGGGCGGCGACUUCCAGCAGUUCCGUGCCAACGUGUCGUGCAACCGGCCGGACUGCGUGUACACGUCCACGCUGGGCGCCAUGCAGAACAAGGCCUCGCACUUCCACUGCCUCAAGUGCGAGUUUGUGUGCACGGACACCAACAAAGUGGUGGCGCACCGGCGGCAGCACCAGAAGCUCGACUCCAUCAUGGCGGCCGGCUUCGAGAAGUUCACGCCGUCGCAGCCCUGCCACUCCGAGUCGUGCGCACACUCGGGCAAGCAGACGCACUACCACUGCCUGAGCUGCCACUACGCGGUGCUGGGACUGUCGCAGAUGUCUGCACACAAGUUCCGGCACAUGGACUGAGUUCGGUGCGCGGUGCGGCCCGUGGCGGCUCCUCGCGUUGACACUCGGCGCCGCCCAGCCUAGUGGCCCAGCCUGCCCAGCCCCGGUCCCCAUUCGAGUGCCAUGUGGCCUUGUGCCUCUGUCUCUGUGAGAGACCAGACCGGUGAUAUUCUGUUAUAUACGGGGAGACCAAGUCUGUACAGUUAUCCUUAUUUGGGACAUUGUGAGUUUUGUUUAGUGAUUUUAUGUGUACAAAAGAUUACUUAAAUCAGUGAUUUGUCUAUAGUGUCUUAUUAUAUUUAUUCCUUUCUACUUGUAGAAUUUGUCUAUAUUUGAUCGUGAUUUGUAGCUGACGUGAAGUUUGUAGUAGUCAUUGUUGAACUGUGUGUAAGGUAUUAUAAUAUUACUUUAUUUAUAGCACUAAUACUCAGAACUCUUGUAAAUACUCUUAACUUACAGUUGUGUGUUAGUAAUGUAUACAAAAAGUAUAGAAUUUAUUAAAUGUUAUUGAAAUUGUUGUUUGACUAUGUUCUUUUAGUAGUCAACAGAACGACGGCCAUUGGGCAACAAAGGCCACAAAUGAAUAUAAAUAUUUGUUUAUGCCUGUCUGUGGCAUCCUCAUCCAAAGAGAAUGAUAUGUAAUCUACUCCUUUUUUUGUGGGUGAUUGACAAAAUUAGAAUUUUAAGAAAAGUUAUUGCCUUGCAAAUUAUUACAUUCAUUAUUAUUACUAUUAUAAUUAUCAUGAUUUGUGAGAGUGCCUAGCACUCUUCUAGUGUAGAUCAUAUCUAUAUAGGGAAUGUGUUCUUUCAAAAAAGAGAAAAAAAACCAAACCAAUGUGUUGUUAGAUGCACUUUAAACAAAAGAAUAAUUAGACCUCCUAAGGUAUCCAUUUUCAGAACAUGUGUAGGUUCUUUUUACGGCUCAUCACACUCAGUUGAGUGUUGAUCUCAUUCCAACACAUUGAAGAGCAAAUCGUAUGGUUUCCCGUGAUGUAUCAUAAAUUAAAAUAGAAAGGCAAAUAUUAUGAUAAUUUGUGGGAAAGCGACAAUUAUUUAUAACCCUGUAGAUUUCAGUAGCCACUUAAAUUCACUUCUCAAGUUUGACUUUGCCCUCGCCUUUGAACUUUUCUCACUUUUUCAGCUUCAUGAUUUUUUAUUGUGUCUCAAUGCACACAAUUUGUAUUCUAUUGUAAUGAAAUAUGUAAGAAAUUUGUGUCCUAUACUGUGCAAUGGAAUGUGGCGAAUCUAUUUCCUGAGUGACAUUUAAUGUUACCUACUUUUCCUGGCCCAUAGAGCACAGCAAAAUUUCAAGCAAAGUUCUUUUUGUAAUCAUUCUUUUGUAAAGAUAUGCUAAAUGCAAUCAUGUGGCAAACUAUUUAAAUUCUUAUAUUUCAUCAGAGUUUCAUUCCAUUUUAUUUAAAAAAUAAUUGACAUGUGUUUUACUGUGUGAAUGUGUACAUAUAAUAUUUUAAGUUGCCAAAUGUUUCACCGAUUUCUUGUUGCAUUGAGAAUUUCAAUUUUUUUCCUUGUGUUAUUUUUUUGGGGGGUAGAGUAAAUUCAAUAUGUGCCAUGGCAGCUGCACUGCAGAAGCUGAGCACUUCACCUAACUAGUCUGUUUGUUUUCAAACCUGUGGCCUGGACUAUACCCAUUCCAUAUUUUCAACUUUUUCUUUGUUCAUAGGGGGAUGCAAAAUUUACCAAUCUUGUUCGGAAAUAAUUAUCUUGUCCUUUGUUUGAUAUGAAUGGGAGUUGUCUGUUUCCAUUAUAUUUUCAAAUAUGAAUACACUUAGUACUCAUGUCAUGUACAAUGAUUAUGCCACUGCUAUGAUGAGUACACUAUUGUAUUGUUUGUAAUGAGACGUUCCUGAACGUCUUGUGUUGUUAGAGUUCUUGUAGCUGUGAUUCUUGAAUGAAAAAAAUGAAUACAAGUAUUCUAUAACA